AUGUUCGCCCGCUCCGCCCUCGCCCGCUCGGCAAACAUCGUCACGCGGUCAAUGUCAUCGACUGCAGUAGGCCGCUCGCAGUGGCUCAAGGACCCGUCGGUCAAAUAUGUUCCCUUCCAAUCCGUCAACCUCCCCGACCGGACCUGGCCCGACAAGCGCAUCACCAAGGCUCCUCGAUGGGCUUCUUCCGACCUCCGCGACGGCAACCAGGCUCUCGUCAACCCUAUGACCAUCGAGCAGAAGCAGCGCGUGUUCAACCUCCUCCUGAAAUGCGGCUUCAAGGAGAUCGAGGCGGGUUUCCCGAGUGCGAGUGAGACGGAGUUUGCGUGGAUCCGCGGCCUGAUCGAGAAGAACCACUGCCCGGACGACGUGUGGCUGCAAGUCCUCUCGCCGGCACGGGAAGAGCUCAUUCGCCGGACAUUCGAAGCCCUCCGCGACGCCAAGAACGUCAUCUUCCACAUGUACAACGCCGCCGCCCCCGUCUUCCGCGAGCAAGUCUUCGGCAACACGCAGCAGCAGACGAUCGACCUCGCCGUCAAGCACGUCAAGCUUGUCCGCCAGCUCGUCGACGAGGCUGUCGCCCGCGGGGACCGCACCAACUGGCAGUUCGAGUACUCGCCCGAGGCGUUCUCGCAGACUGAGCCGGAGUUUGCGGUUGAGCUGUGCAACGCGGUUCAGGAGGCGUGGUUCGCUGGAAAGGACAAGUCGAAGGAGGCGCCCAUCAUUUUCAACCUUCCCGCAACCGUCGAGGUCGCCACCCCCAACAACUACGCCGACCAGAUCGAGUACUUCUGCCGCAACAUCAAGGAGCGCCAGCACGUCGUCGUCUCGCUCCACACGCACAACGAUCGCGGUACGGGCGUCGCCGCGUCGGAGCUCGGUCUCAUGGCCGGCGCCGACCGUGUCGAGGGCUGCCUCUUCGGCAACGGCGAGCGCACGGGCAACGUCGACCUCGUUACGCUGGCGAUGAACAUGUACACGCAGGGCGUCUCGCCCGAGCUCGACUUCUCCAACCUCGAGGAGUGCAUCGAGGUCAUCACCUCGUGCACCGACAUCCCCGUCCACCCUCGCGCGCCUUGGGCUGGAGAGCUCGUCUUCACGGCGUUCUCGGGCUCGCACCAGGACGCGAUCAAGAAGGGCUUCCACUACCGCAAGAAGGACGAGUCGAGGCCUUGGUCGAUCCCGUACCUCCCUGUCGACCCUGCCGACAUCGGCAUGACCUACGAGGCCGUCAUCCGCGUCAACUCGCAGUCGGGCAAGGGCGGUGUCGCGUACCUCGUCCAGCGCGCUCUCCAGCUCGACCUCCCGAAGAAGAUGCAGCCCGCGUUCUACGCCGUCGUUCAGUCCAUCUCGGAGCGCACCGCCAAGGAGAUCACCGCCGAGGACAUCGAGAAGGCGUUCCGUGCGGCGUACUACGUCGGCAAGGACUACAACGGCCGCUUCAACCUCAACGACUACUCCUUCGCGACCGGCCAGGACGGCAAGAAGACGUUCAAGGGCUCGAUCACCGACAACGGCGACAAGAAGUCGAUCGAGGGCGACGGCAACGGUCCCGUCUCGGCUCUGCUCAACGCCCUCAACUCGACUUGGGACGGCGGCAAGCACAACCUCGAGGUCAAGGAGUACAGCGAGCACGCCAUCGGCGCAGGCUCGGACGUCAAGGCUGCGUCGUACGUCCAGCUCGUCGACAAGACCUCCGGUCGGUCCGUCUGGGGUGUCGGCGUCUCGACCGACGUCACCGAGGCGUCGCUCAAGGCCGUCCUCUCUGCCGCCUCGAACGCCGCCGUCCCCUCCGACCGCCGCUACACUGAGAUCGAGGACAUCGUCAUCGGCGGACGCGUCUGA